AUAACAUUAAGCGCCCUAUAUAUUUGGAACGCUACUUUUAGAUGGUGUUCUUUCAUCGGAUUGAUAAUUCUUCUCCAUUCACCACCUCGUACAGAUGCUACCCAGUUUCCUUUUUAGCCGACAAUUUUCGUUCUAGCGUGGAGAAAGGAGGAAAAAUUAUCAUGCCUCCAUCUGCUUUAGAUGUACUUACACGACUGAAUGUCCAGUACCCAAUGCUAUUCAAGUUAACUAACCAACAAGCAAACCGAACUACUCAUUGUGGUGUACUGGAAUUUGUUGCAGAUGAAGGGAGGAUUUAUGUUCCUUACUGGAUGCUUAAAAAUCUACAUUUGGAGGAGGGUGGUCUGGUCUCCGUAGUUAAUGCAGCCUUACCUGUAGCUUCUUUUGCUCGUUUCCAGCCUCAGAGUACUGAUUUUUUGGAUAUAUCUAACCCCAAAGCUGUGCUGGAAAAUGCUCUUCGCGACUUUGCUUGCCUCACAGUCGGAGAUAUCAUAGCUAUCAACUACAAUGAGCGUAUAUAUGAGCUUAAAGUGUUAGAAACAAAACCGAAAGAUGCAGUCACUAUAAUCGAGUGUGACAUGAGCGUUGACUUCGCACCUCCAGUUGGAUAUCAGCCUACUGAUUCUGGUUCUUCGAGCAAACAAAGUGACCAAGAUCUACAUAAGGUAUAUCUUUUAAUUGUUCAAAUAUUUUUUUCGUCAUUUUUUAUUUAAAACCCAUUUUACUGGCAGCUCUUCGGAGUUUAUUUUUGUUGUCAACCUAUAUGGUACGAGUCUAUUGAUUAUAGCAGACUCAUUUGUCAGAAGGAAGAAUCUUGAGGGUAUUGUGUCAUCUCAGCUGGUUUGGUGGUAACGCUCUUGUUUUCUCUUCUGACUAACAUCAGCACAAACGUCGAAAAGUGAGCUGUUAUGUUUUCUCCACAAGUAACUAACAGCUUGUAUUGUUGACAUUACAUUUGAUUGGUUAGCUCUCAAACUUUGUAUAUUUUGAGGGAUUGUUGUUGUUGUUUAGAAGUGAAGAUAUUGUAUUGUUCGUUAAGUUUCGCUCAGAUGUUACAAUGUUAAAGUAUAACAUCAAUCCGUCAUUGAUGGAGUCCGGGGCUAAGUCUACUAAAUGUGUUGUUUUUAAAAUUUUUAUUUAUAGGUUGUAUCUGGGACCUCAGAGAGUAAUACCUUAGAGCUUAAGGGAAUUUUUAGUUUAUAUAAUGUAGCUAUCAUAAAAAUAUGUGUGGACAAGUCCAUUGGUUUUCAAUCGCCAUUAGUCUUCUUUUGAUAUUUCCUCUCCUUUGACGAGUUUGUUUAAAAUUCAGAGGAUCCGGCUAUUCAGCUUUCAAUCCACUCUAGUCCUCCCUGUUUAUAACUACCAAUUUAGUAUUUCUUUUGUCGUCCUGAGCUCUAGUCUUGUUCUUAUUUCUUAGAUUAUUUGCGUUUUAUUCUUUUUUGUUUAGAAUUUUGAAUCCCCCUACGCCUACGCACAUGUAAAAAUUAAGAAAUGAAAGUAUCUGAUGCUACUAUCCUUAUCUUUAACGAUAGUUAUCAUAUCAUAAGAAUUAAAAUAGCAUUGCUUUUCUGUCUAUAUCAAUUACCUUAAUGACCAUACGUAAUUAAGAUGCAUAAAUAUCAUCGUCGUUUUGUCAUCAUUUCCGUUUUUGUGACAGCUUAAAAAUUGCCAAGAAUAUUUUCUGACAAUAUAUUUUCUCGUUGUCAUUUGUUCACGCUGAUUGCUUGUUUCAGAUAGAAGAAGAUCAUAUAGAAA